AUGGAAGAAGAGGAGGAUGACUGGCUUGAGCCGCCCACUCAAGGAGGGGUAGAUGAUCCAUUGGUCAAUCAGGAAUUUAAUCGGUUGUCCAACAAGUUUUCAGAUGCAGGAUAUAGAGAAGGGAUAACCGAUGGGAAACUGGCUACACUCCAAGCGGGGUUUGACGAAGGGUUCGCCAACUCCGUCCCACUGUCAAGGAGAGUAGGAUCAUUACGAGGCAAAGCAGCUGCUUUACUAGCCAUACAUCUUAACUCCACAUCACCUUCUGCAACUCACUCGUCGAAGGAUCUCGAGGAGUCACUUAGAGAACUGAUCAAAACGCUAGGAAGAGUGAAAAGAGAUGAGAUUCUACCUGAAGACCGGGAGAGGAUCCAACAUGAGAAAGAAGAACAUGAAGGGGAUGAAGAUGGAUUCGAGCUGGAUAGGAACGACAAGAGGGAUAUGGAAGAUUUAGAAAAUACCUUGGAGAUGUUAGGUGGAUCGUCUAAUCGUGGGAAGAGCGGGAGUGCGAAGGAAGAUGGAGAAGCCGUGAUAAAGGGGUUGGAAGAUGAGUUGAAAGAAUUGGAGAAGGCUGUUCUGCGCAGAUGA